AUGCGGAAAGACAUCUACAUCUCUACAUAUCUAUAUCUCGCAAGUCCUCAACAAGUCUGUUGUCGUCGCAAUCCACCAGCCGGACGGGGCGCCUGCAACACACAGACGAUUUGACCCCGAGAAGAAUAAUUCUCGAUCUCUCCCUUGCACAAUUUGCUCCACUUGCACUCUCACCGCUCCUAGCGGAUAAACAAAUGAUCAAUCUCGAGCACUCGAGCCCACCGGGCACGCCUGGUGCCGCACCCCUACAGCCCAUGUCGUCCGACCGCGUCAACCAGCAACGAGAUUCUCCGAUGGUCUCCCCCAUUCGAACCGAACACCUCCGUGACAGCGAUGUCCACGAUAAGAUCCGGCAGUUCAAUAACCUGGCGCACACCAACCCCGCUCACGGAGCAUCCAUGUCGAGACAGCUCGAACGAAAGACGGCAGACGCUGCCCUGAAGCGCGCCAUGCUCGGCCGCGAGGAGGCAGAAGGCGAGAUGCGUCGCUAUAGGGAUGAGGCACGGGCCCUGCGCAAGCAAGUCGAAGAAAGUCGUGGCCGAGAACGCAAAGUUGGUGAGCGAUUGGAAGAUGUCAUGGAGAAAUACGGACAGGCGAAGGAAACCUUGUCACAUAGCAAGACCAUCUGGGAAAAAGAGAUCCGACAAGCACGCAAGGAAGUUUUCAGGACACAGUCGUCUAUCGUCAAAUUGCAGGAGGAACUCAAGGCGGCGCGGAACGCCUACAAAUCGGUCGAGGAGUGUCUAGCCCGCGAGAGGGAUCUCAGCAAAGCCAGGGAACAGGAGGCCUUCGCGUCGCGCCACCAGCUCGCUGAGGUCCACGACCAACUUGAGAAGUCGCUCGAGCGCAUCGAAUUCGUCGAACAGGAACGCGACGCCUACAAGGCCGCCGCGCAGAGCGAGGAGAUCGCCAGGGUCGCCGCCGAGGGCCGGCUGCCGCUGCCGCCCGAGGAGCCCAACAGCGAGUUCGCAUCGCCGAAAAAGGGGGCCCGCGUUUCACUAUCCACCGCCGACAUCUCGUCUUCUGCCGCGAGCGAGGCCGAGAUCGAGGAGCUGACGCGUCUGUGGCAGUGGGAGAAGCAGCGGGCCGAUCGCGCUCAGGACCACCUCGAGUUCGUCCAAGCUGAGUGCCAGCUGCGAUGCUGUCCCCGCGCCCGCGCCCGUCCACGACGGAGCCUCCAGACCCCCGGACGCCAUGAACGCCAGAAGUCGGUCCCGAUCGUAGAUGCAGCGGAUCUCGUCAUCCUAGGCCAGGAGCCCAGAUCGUCCGUGAAGCCCGCCUCCGAAGAAACCAAGCCUCAACCCGAACCGCAGCCCCAGUUUCGACCCGAACCCCCGAGAGAAGAGCGAGAGCCUUCACAGCCCAAGAGGAUGGAGUCACCGACCGAACACAUCCCCCAGAGAGAGAGGUCUAAGGAACCCAAGGAGCCCAGGCGGGGGACCAUCUUCCUGCCAGCCGAGGGCAUCUUCCGGACGAUCUCACAGGAGGACCUCCAGGAGGCAGCAGCGGGAGGCAAAUCAGAGGAGGUGGCCGUGCCGUCAGAGCUACCGACACCCGUGGACCCCCCGUCGCCGGGGGAGGACGUACAGCCGCGGCGCGCGGUAAUGGCGCCGCCACCGCCAAUGCACUACUCGCGGACGCCGUCAGUGGACCCGCCGACGUUCGCGCUACUAGCACGGGAGCGCACGUCGCUGCUCUCGCUGCUCAACGCGCCGCACCAGGGCGACGCUCCCUUCGCGCUGCUGAACGACAUCCCGACGAUCCCAACGACGCCGUCGGACCCGCCCUCGUCGCGCGACGGGCCGCCCGCUGAGCCGGAGGCGGACGACGAGGAGAACCACCGCACCACCGUGCUGCACCACCACAACCACAACCACAACCACAACCUCCACCGCCAGCACGACGUGCCGCGCCCCGACACCGCGGCCACCGCGCCGAGCGCCGACGCAGAGACCCGGCGGCGGCGCCAGCAGCACCCGCACGCGCCGCCGUCGCGGGCGCAGACCUCGGCGGCGUUCUACGCGGUAACGACGACGACGACCACAGUGCCGGUGCGGGACAGCGGCGCGAGCAAUACGAGCAACACAAGCGGCGGCGGCUCGCGCACGCCGUCCUUCGACGUCAACAACCCGGCGAUGACGCCGACGAUGACGCGCGAGCAGGCGCUCGCCCAGAUCAAGGAGCGCCGGGGCCGCGCCCGCAGCGCCGCCCAGCAGCACCCGGGCGGCCACGGCUCGUCGGGGUCCGGGUCGACGGCCACGACGCCUAAGAGGCACGGCAGCGGCACCGGCGAGCGCAGGGACGUGAGCGCGCCGGCGGGACGCGCGGCGAAGGCCCGGCCGUCGUGAGAGCGCGCUCUGCUUGCUGGCGAGAGGCUGCUAACGCGGCCGGCGGCCAGAAUCCGCCGGCUAGGAGGGAGCGGGCGCGCGGAGC